AUGCGCCUUGUCUUGCCCCUCUUCCCCCCCUCCCCCCUCCCCUCAAUCCUUCUCCCCCCUGCCCCUGACGAAAGAUGCAAAAAAGGGCAGAGCCAGGCUGCCCUGUCUGCAAAGGGCAUGGUGUCUUCCCAAUCCAUGUGGCAUACCCCUGCCGUUCUUUCCGUUGCUGGCAGACGAGAGACCAUGGCCGUCUUUUUGCGAAUUGCGGUGCAGGCGGUGCAGAUUAUUGGUAGAAGCGACAUUUACACAUGUAGACAUGUGCCUAUGCGUGCUUCGGCUCUACGAUCUACUACAAGUACAGGACCUAUCCAACAGCACAAAGUACAAGACGCGACGGGCAGCAGGGAAGCUCCCCACCUGGCCGAGGGGCCAGAGAGCGGCCAGCAGCAGCCGAAAAAAGCGCAGCGAGCAAGGGCCCCACGCCGAGGGGGACAGAUGCGGGAUGGGAUGGAUGCACUAGGCUCUGUUGAAUCUGCGAUAAGGUCGCAAGCGGGCGUGGGCCAGAGAGGCCAGGGAAGCCAAGGGAACCCAGGAGGGGAACCCAGGGACGCGCUGCCAAGUGGGUUCCGUGGAAUCUCCUGGCACUGGCAGCCCUGA